AUGCACCAAAGUUCAUGGUUGGUCGGGAACGAGAAGGACUUGAUUCCAUCACCGAAUACCACACCGGUUUCCUGGGAGACUAACCGUCCACUGUCAGAUGUCACCUUGUCCAUCUCAUCGCUUCCCCGUCGAAUCACUGGGUUUCUGUGUGAAAGAGGUUCUAGGGUGUUUGAUUACAACUACCCCCCCCCCACCGAACGCAAUUUUUCUAGCCCUGUAAUCCCAAUCGACAAAUGCUUAAAAUGGAGGAUCCUUCCCUUUUCCCAAAGCCUUGUGGGUCGCGAUGUCCCGGACACUUGGCAAUGUCGGGACAAUCCAGACCACAAACAUAAACGUUGUGAUGAUCCAGAGGAGGAUAUGAGUGCACCUAUGGGUGUACUUAGAAGAAAAAUCAAAACGAAAGAACAGCGCCAAGCCGAGCUAGAAAAACUAAUCCGCAAGAAACAGGAGGAACUUGAACUAAUCAAAGACCCAGAGGAUGAGAAUGAUAUCGAACCUACGCCUGAAGCACCUCGCCCUACGCGGCUUAGUGGACCCAACCUCACCAAAUCCGUAACUGCUGUUUCCCCUCGAAAACGCCCACCACCUCCUCCACCAAGCCCUGGGCCACCGAGCAAAAAGACCUCAGCCAUUGCUUCGCCUGCCAGAGCAAUGACUGUAGCCGAAAAGAAGCGCCAAGCGGCUGUCGCCGCAAACGGUCCAUCAACUCCAUCGGUUCCAAAGCGCACGGGUCUACCUCUUCCAACCACAAACCAGCGACAGCCUCGUUCAGGCGGCUUAGUUCCCAAAAUCCAGCAUCAAGCUUCCGCCGCUCCCAAGACUCGCCGGGUAUCUACACAAGACGACUCCAGCGAAGAAGAAGAAGAAGAUGACAAAGCGAAAGAGAAGGAAGAAAGAAUAACUCCAAAGGAGCCUACGAAGAACAAAGCAGCUGAUAAACCCCGGGUUGACAAGCCACAGAACGGUCGAGCAGCUGCUCCCGAGAAGAGUAGCCACACGAAAAAUCUCAAUUCUGUACCAGAUACACAGCGCAGAUCAUCCGCUUCAGAGAAACCCGCAGAGAAACCUACUGGUCCAGCAUCUUCGUCGCAGGAUCGAAUACCUUCGGCAACUCCCGUUGAUUCCCGGUCAGAAAAAUCGAAAGACCCUAUCACAGAAACCGUUUCGGAUUCAAGAAUUCACGUGCCGACUCUUGAUCAGAAUUCCACAAUCGGCCUCGCUUCUCCUGAAGGUAUCGCAUUAAACAAGCGAAUUCAUGACAAGUUCAAGGUCUGUUUACGCUAUUUCUUGCCUCCUGAAUGGCCAAUGCAAAAGGAUCAAAUCCACACCCUGACUGAUAUCGAAUUAGCUAACUUCCCUCUGGAGGACUUUUUUGAUCGAUACGAACAAGGACUUCGUUCGUUACUAGCGACGUUCCAACAGGAAACUAAAGUGUACAUUGACCGCCUUGCUGAUGUACGAUCUAACGUGACGAAGUUGCUGCACCGGGUCGAUCCAACUUCACAGAACGUUCCGCUUGAUGGCGAGGAGGUUGACAAUUAUCUCAGCGAAUACCUGGCGAAGUCAAGUUGAACAUUUUGCUAACCAAACUUCGAUCAGCUUACAAGUGCAACAGUUUGUUAUCACUACUCCCCUCAUCUUACCACUCUUUGCCCUCCCCCCUUUGUUUCCGCCCCGUGAUAUGUAUUGGAUCGACUUGGCAUGCGUGUUUCGAACUGCAUUUCUUGUCUUUCUUGUCAAAGCACGCUCCUUCACUACACUCCCCGAGUAUGAUCGACACCUGUAGCUCGGUGACGAGGAUUCUUUUAUCUACUAAUAGCCCCUUGCGUUCGCUGUGUAUAUGUCCACCAUCACUCCCAGCUUACGUCGUGAAAUCUCGUCGGAGCCAGUGCGAAAUUGUUUGUCCCAACCUUCAUUCCUCAUAAAUUUGCCGACCCUUUGUAUGUCCGUUUUUUGCCAUUAACCGUUUUCUAUCUAGUCCAGUUGGCAGCGUUAUUAUACAUUUCUGCCAUGUUUUCUCAACACUCACAUAUACAGGCUCAACUGCA